CAGGUUAUGUUAUCAAAAAAUGUAUUAUAAUAAUUUUAUCUACGAUUUGUUGUUUUGUUGUAUUAGUUUCGUAAAUUUAAAGUGAUCGCACGUGUUCUAUGAAAAGUUUCGUAAAGCAGAAGCAUCAUGGUAUUGUCAAAUCUGGUUUUUAACCCUUAAUCUCUUUGUUUGUCGGUUUUAUUCAUCGAAACAUGAAGCCUCACUUAGGUAGUUCGGUCCACAUUUUUAAGCAAAUUUCGAGACAUUACAAUUCUUCAAAAGUACUGUUAGCCUCCCCGAAAUCUGCCAAAAAGAAACUCCCUAGGUACCUCCCUCCUAAUCCCAUUAACCAUAAACAGAAAUAUGACUAUUUUUUCAUCCUAGACUUCGAAGCAACAUGUGAUGACACAGAGAAACCUGAACCGCAAGAAAUUAUUGAGCAUGCCUGUUUACGGUUUAAUAGGAAGAAAUUGGAAGUUGACUCAGCUUUCCAUUCAUAUAUUAGACCUGUGGCACAUCCUCAAUUAACUCCAUUUUGCGUUCAACUCACAGGAAUCAUACAGGAAGAUAUUGAUAAAGCACCAACUUUCGAUGAAGUCUGGAGUGAUUUUCGACUGUGGCUCAGGAGCUGUAAGUUUAGCAAAGACUCCUCCAUCUUUGUGACCAGUGGGAAUUGGGACUUGCAAUACAUGUUACCACAUCAAUUAAAUUAUAGCCAGUUACAGCCAGUUGAUGAUCUGAAACAGUGGAUUGACUUAAAGAAGGCAUUUUGCAAGCAUUAUGGUCGGUUUCCCUUUGGAAUUAAGGAUAUGUUGAAAACAUUGAAGCUUCCGCAUCUAGGGAAAUUACAUAAUGGUUAUGAUGAUUGCACAAAUAUCGUCAACAUAGUGAAGCAUAUGAUUGAGGACAACAAAAUUCUGGACCAGACUGAUCAGCUGAAAGAGCCAGAGUGAAUUCUCAAAUUCUUAGGUACCUACUUACUCCCUCCAAAAGCUGUUCUUGGGUAUGUUUGAUCUAACACCUCAUAGGCACGGCUUUAUCAAGUCACUAAAUUCAGUAUCAAAUUCAAUGUAUCCAUUACCGAAAUCAAUAAAUCAAUUCCCCAUCCAAAAAUAUUAGGGAAUGGAUGCACAUACAGAUUGAGUUAAGCAAAAUAGGUAGUCACAUCUAAAUCGCAGAGUUUCAAAAUUUCUUCCCCUAUUUUAAUGUUUUGAAAGGUAACCAACUAGUACUAGCACACAAAAAUUGUUGCAAUUAUUUUACCCGUACAAAAGUUAUUUCUAUAAAACUCUAGCAAAAAUGUCGGUUGGUAUCCUUUAAAAAAAUAAAAUUAGAGAUGAGACUCUGAAACGCUGCAACGUAGAUGUGAUCGCUUUGCUUACCAUUAUUCAUAUAACAUGUAUGCAUUUCAUGUAACAGUUAGCGUACACCAUGGUACUGGUAUAGAAGUAACUUUGCAAUUUAAGGUAAUUAGAUUGCAAUUUUUUUACAUCAUUUUUGGUCAAUAAAUACCAAUGUGAAACAAUCACCCUGCGAAAAAGCUGCCAAAACUCUUGACUAUACAGAUGAACUGUCCCCAGGAGUCGAGUUCAUUUUGUCAUUCUUGCAAGAAUUAGAAAGCAACGUCAUGAAUUGAUUGUAUCACUUCAUUUGUUCAUGAAUAAAAAAAUUGCAAAACAUUUUACUUUCAUUCAUUUAAAAUUAGCAAUCUCAGAGAACUUGAUGAGCAAGAAUGCUAUGUGUGUUAUGUUUGAAGGAUGAUGAAGCGCAAAUCAUAGCAUAUUAUUUCAUUGUACCAGAGGUAAUUUUUAUUGUAAUCUUUGUUAAAAAUCACUGGUAAUAAUUGAAAUAAAAGCAUUUGCAAAUCACAGCAAAAA